AUGGCAUUUAGAAUGUUCAAAUCAGCUGCUGUAGCAAUGUCUCUGAUGAGUUUGGCAAAUGCUGCUAUCUCAAUCUCGAAGACCGGAACUACCGUUAAUGUCAACGACAUCAGCUACUAUGUUGGCGUUGACGCUAUCACAACCAUUCAGUCCAAGCCAAGCACAGCUGAUUUGGUCCCUUUGACAGUGAUGAAGAGUUUAGAAGGCGGUUUUACGGCUGCUUCGUUCAAAUCAUUAGUCACCAAUUAUACUGCCGCCGACGAUGUUUUCAAUCUUGGGUUCUUGGAAGCUGUCCACCUUGUUGGCUCUAUCAACUCUAGCUCGCUAUCUUCAAUUUGUACAGAAUACGGAACCAAACAUUUCAGCAGUUCGCAUAAUCAGGUGCCUCCCGGGCCAUACUUUUUGACUCCAAAUACAGGCGAGCUCUUUCAAGCAUAUCGCUUGUAUUCGGAUGUACAGGACGCUUUCACCGAAGGGACGAUCGAGAACUCAGACGGAACUUUCUCUAUUCUGAGUGCAUCCAUUCCUGGAGUCCAGAGUUCUACUAUUGGCGUACCUUCCAGACUAUAUUAUACCAAAACCGCUGAACAACCUCUUGCUGGAGUCCGACUCGGCGUCAAGGACAUCUACGAUAUUGCAGGAAUAAAAACCAGCAAUGGCAAUCGUGCUUAUUAUGAGCUUUAUCCUCCAACAAACGUCACAGGACCUGCUGUCCAGAGCUUGAUCGACGCAGGAGCUAUUAUUGUCGGGAAAAUGAAGACGUCUCAAUUUGCUAAUGGGGAAAGUCCAACCGCAGAUUGGGUGGACUAUCAUUGUCCUUUCAACCCCCGGGGUGAUGGAUAUCAAUCACCAUCCUCUUCUUCGUCUGGUCCUGGUGCUGGAAUAGGUGCUUAUGAUUGGUUAGACAUCGGGAUUGGUUCUGAUACCGGUGGAAGUAUUCGUAACCCAUCUCAAGUCAAUGGAUGUUUCGGUAAUAGACCAUCCCAUGGGCUUGUUAGUUUGGAUAACGUUAUGCCUUUGUCUCCAACUCUCGAUACCGCGGGCUUCCUCACCAGAGACCCAGUUUUGUGGCAUGAAGCUGCCAAGGUAUUGUAUGGAGAUAAUAUCACUAGCAACUUCACUGAAUUCCCCAAAAAGAUUUGGACAUCCGGAUUCCCCGAAAACGCUACAACAGAAGCUGAAACGGUCUUACUUGAUUUCCUUGCCAAGUUGGAAACGUUCCUCAACUCAACAAGCACCACAGCUCUAGACAUUGGGGCUCUUUGGAACGAAACAACCCCGUCCGGAGCAAAUAACUCAUCAAUUGACGACCUUCUCACACUUGUCUAUCCCACACUCAUCGCCCAACAACAAUACAAUCUUCUUACAAAACCUUUCUAUGAAGAUUACGCUGCUGCCAACAAUGGCGCUCAUCCCUUCAUCGACCCUGUACCAUUAAGCAGAUGGGCUUGGGGACAGAACAACAUCAGUGUCGAUGCAACCGAACAAGCCAUCUACAACAAAACCAUAUUCAUGGAUUGGUUCGCCGAAGAAGUCACAACCGCAAGCCCUAUUAGCUGUAGCGAAAGUAUCCUCCUCUAUCCCGGUACACUAGCAGAAACCUCCUAUAGAAAUGAAUACACCAGUCUCCCAGGCAUCCCUACCGGUUGGGACGAAAGCCGCAUAUCCAACUUCGCCGAAGUCCCCGAUAUGGUAUUUCCCAUAGGCCAAGCGGCAUAUAAUUCUACCAUUUCUUUGCAGACGGAAUACUUGCCCGUGGCUAUUGAUAUUAUUGCGCGGAAAGGAUGUGAUGGGAUGAUAUUUGCGCUGGCGGAACGCUUGUUGGAGGAGGGGAUUCUGGUGGUGCCGAAGGUGGGAAGUGUAAUGUAUUGA